AUGUUUUCUCAGAUUGUUGUUUUGCUCAGCGCAUUUAUUUAUGUUGUUAGUGCUACGGCCAAAACAGGAACUAUUAAGGGUAGGUUAGAUUUGGCAGCAAGCAACAUCACCGGCUUUGUUUCAACUAGAACAAGCUUCAAACUUUACCAGAUCGGCAAUUUUUCGACAGAAUACCCUUAUACAUCUACGACCAUGUUUCAAGAUGAUGAAGGCAAUUUUGAAUUCGCAAAUCUUCCACUAAACGACGGUGUUAAUGAAACCACAUACUAUGUGAUGUACCCAGCAUCUAUGGACUUCAAUUUGAAACCAAACAGGAUCCUUAUUGAAUUCAAGAACCUAGAAAACGGCAGUUUACAAUUAAGUGCCUUCAAAAAUUUUUUUGGAAGAGAGUAUUUCCCAUCAAAGGAUAUAACGUAUCCAGAAAAGUUACAACCUAUGAAGGUGGACCCUUAUAUUACAGUGGAGCUUUUACACAAAGCCCCAAUAAGGUCUUAUUUACAAGCCAGAAAUGUCAGCAUCUUUUCUACAGGUAUUGUUGGUAAUAUCUUGAACUCACGUUGGAAACUGGCGGGUGUUAUUACCUUAAUUGCCCUUGUCGUUUUCCCAAUCAUAGUGGAAAAGUUAGACCCAGAAACAGCACGAGCUAUCAGAGAGGAGGCAAAAAGAAAACAAAGGGAAAAAUAUGCUGCCGUUGCUUCUAAGUAG